UUCAGAGACCCGGAUGUUGUUCUGAGUCACGGUUAGCAUCUCACCGUAAAUCAGCUGAAAACUCUUAUUUUCUGGGCUAGAACUUACGUUAAAAGGUCAUGGCUCACAGCACCAUCAACCAGUACCUGCAGCAGGUGUACGAGGCGAUCGACGGUCGAGAUGGAUCGUUCUGCUCCGAGCUGCUGUCGUUCAAACACCCUCAUGUUGCUAACCCUCGCCUACAGUUGGCGAGUCCAGAGGAGAAGUGCCAGCAGCUUCUGGAGCCGCCGUACGAUGAGAUGGUCGCCGCUCACCUCAGAUGCACCUACGCCGUCUCCAACCACGACUUCGUGGAGGCGUACAAGUUCCAGACGCUCGUCGUUCAGUCUUUCCUCAGAGCCUUUCAGUCCCACAAAGAGGAGAACUGGGCGCUGCCGGUGAUGUUCGCCGUCACGCUGGAUCUCAGGAUCUUCGCCAACAACGCGGAGCAGCAGCUGCAGAAGAAGGGCAAAGGUCAGCCGGCGGAAAUGCUGGAGAAAGCUGCAGAACAGCUGAUGAGCUGCUUCCGAGUGUGUGCCAGCGACAA